AUGGACUCCGAGAAUGCAGCUUGGCCAAUGGCCGAUGAGGCGUUGACACAGGAGCUUCUCGAUCUAGUACAGCAAGGUACCCACUAUCGUCAAGUCAAAAAGGGGGCGAACGAAGCCACGAAGACCGUCAAUCGCGGCGUCUCCGAGCUUAUCAUCAUGGCCGGCAAUACUUCCCCCCUCGCGAUCGUGAUGCAUCUCCCCCUUCUUUGCGAAGACAAGAACGUUCCGUAUGUUUUUGUUCCGAGUAAACUUGCACUUGGACGCGCGUGUGGUGUGAGUCGGCCUCUUAUUGCCGCUAGCAUCACCUCGAACGAGGCGAGUGAUUUGGCUGCCCAGAUUCAGCAGAUUAAGAAUAAGGUGGAGAGACUGGCGAUUUGA